UCCUAGCGGAACCUUUGUCGCCAAGUUCGCCUGUUUGAGUGUCGGAACAUUUUCAGAGUUACUCCGAGAAAACAUGGCGACGUCCGUGGGGAAGCCACGCGUGAGUGUAGAGGAGUUGGAAGAUUCAAAAGAUGACGUGGAGGCGUUAGAAGAUGGUGGAAGUGAGGGGGCAGACUCUGACGAAGAGGAGGGAGACUCUGGUGAAGAGGGAGAUGAAGAUGGAACAGAUGGCGAAGGGAGCGAGGCCGAUGAAGAGGACACUGGCGCGAGUGGUGAUGAUGACGAUGAUGAGGCAGCGGAGGAAGGGAGUGAUGAAGACGAGGGAGGUGAAGAAGAGCAGGCUGACAGCAACCCAAAUGCUGGCUGGGCCGACGUCAUGGCCAAGAUCCUGCAGAAGGAAACGCCCAACAGCAAGCCCGUGAUCCUCCAGAAGAAUAAACAGCUGGAGAAGAGCAAGGAGAAGGCCAAGAAGGAGAUGCUGGAACGCAAGGGGCAGAUUGACAAGCGGAAAGCGUGGGAGAUGUUGGGUCGGGUAAAGCCGGACGUAGUCAAGGACCGGGAGAUUGAGAAGGGCCUACAGAGAACUUCCACCAGGGGUGUGGUGCAGCUGUUCAACGCUGUGCGGAAGCACCAGAAGGACGUGGACGAGAAGGUGAAGGAGGCGGGCGGCUCCGAGAGGAAGAAGUCCAAGAUCCUGGCCACCGUCUCCAAGAGGGACUUCAUCAACGUGCUGCGCGGCACAGAGGGCGCUGCCGAGUCUGCCAAAGCAGUCAAGACAGAGGCCAGUGAGGCGUCCGAGGGGAAGCCUGCGUGGAGCGUCCUGCGUGACGACUACAUGAUGGGCGCCUCCAUGAAGGACUGGGACAAGGAGAGCGACGAGGAGCCUGGACAGGGCCAGGAGGGAGAGGGGGGCGAUUACAACAGCGAGUCGGACUAAAGCCCCCCUGUCAGUGGCGCCCCUGUAUGCUUUUAUUGUUGAUACAGUGGAGACAGAUCAUGCUGGUUUUUACAUUUGUGCAUCAAACAAAUGUGACCGUUGUUACCGUGAAGUUGUGAGGAUUGAUCUGAAGAACAGAGAAUACGGUCUGACCAUCUGAAGCGAUUUCAACAACCUGUGGAGAGGGGGAGAUAAUGUUGACGGAGCUUUUUCUGUCAGUCUUCUGUAAAAGAGAAGGACUAUGCCGGAAAGCCUGAAACCUGGUUGAUACAACACCGGGGUGUGUGUAUGUGUGUGGGGGAUUUAUCUCUUUACGAUCACCUGGUCAUCUAGACAUGUUUCGGGCCAUUUAGGUCUCUGACAGUUGUAAGAGGAUUGUUAGUACUUUUGGGACAUAUUACCAAAGCAUAUGUUAAUAUCUGUGUAAAUAGUAACUUUUUGCAAAAAGUAACAGGCAACACUGUGGCAUGGUUUUUUUUUUGUAUGCUUUGAUGUAUAAAUGCUAAACAUUUGAAUUGUUGUUUUGAAUCAAGAAAUUGUUGUUUCGAAUCAAUUGUUGACAUAAAUCAAACAAGAUUUUUUUAAUCAAGAAAA